AAUUGGAGCUAAAUCGCCAAUGGGAGGCUGAGGAGAUCUAUUGGCAACAAAAAUCUAGUGUCAGAUGGUCGAAGAAAGGAGAUUAAAAUACGUCUUAUUUUCAUACGGUUACGAGGACUACGAGAAAAUGAAAUUUUGUGUCUGGCCUCCGUAACGACAGUGGGGAAUGGAUCACUGAGGAUACUGGAAAGGUAGAAAUUACCACUAAUUUUUAUCAGACUCUUUUCACCUCGAAGAAUCAGGUGUUGAACAUGGCUGAGAGGGUGGGUGAUCUUCCCAUAGCCCAGAGUGUUACACCGGUUAUGAAUGCCAUUCUUACAACUGAAGUCCUUCCUUGUGAGUUAAGAAAAACGGUUUUCUCUAUGGAGUCUAAGUAGGUGCCAGGCUUUGAUGGGUUCACUGGAAAAUUAUUCAAGGCCUUCUAGGAUAUUGUUGGGGACUUUUUGAUUGAUGUUGUCUGCUCUUUCUUUUCCACGAGUAAGAUGGUCCGUAGUUUCAAUCAUACGUUGAUCCCUAAAGUAGACAAUGUGGAAACCAUGAGACAACUUCGUCCUAGCAGCUUAUGCCAGUUUGUGUACAAAAUUAUAACCAAAAUCAUGGCUGAACGGCUUGCUUGUCUCUUGCCACAAAUCAUUUUAGAAGGUCAAAAUGCGUUUAUCCGUGAACGACAAAUAGUGGAGAAUAUCCUCCUUGGAUAUGAGUUAAUGCACUAUUUAAAAAUCAAAACACGUGGUAAGAAAGGGUACAUGGGUCUAAAGAUUGACAUGGAGAAAUGCCUAUAUAGAGUCGAAUGGCCAUUUCUUCUUGUUGUUUUGAGCAAAAUGAGUUUUAACUCCAUCGGGAGAGGAUGGAUUCAUGAAUGCCUUAAAUCAACAUUGUUUUCGGUUCUCGUGAAUGGCACCCCUUCGGGUUACUUCACCUCUUCCAAGGUACUUCGGCAAGGAGAUCCUCUUUCUCCACUUCUGUUUGUGCUCUGCACGAAAGGGUUUGCGGCGCUCAUUAGAAAAGCCAUUUCGGAACGCAAACGGGAAGGAGUCAAAGUGGCUCCUUGCGCUCCCCAGAUCUCACAUAUGUUUUUUGCCGAUGAUUCUUAUUUAUUCCUUCAGGGCUCUCUCCAGGAAUGUGAGAAUUUGAUCGAGGUUUUGAAUAAGUAUGAGGAACUUAGUGGCCUUAGGGUGAACUCGGCUAAAUUGGCAGUUUGCUUUAGUAAGAAUAUUGCUCUGCCAGACCAGGAAUUCUUGGCUCAGAUUUUGGGUGUGGGGGCGAUAGGGGUCCAUGAUAAGUAUCUUGGGUUGCCGACGAUGAUUUCCCGGUCUAAAAUGGAUACUUUUCGGUAUUUGGAAGAGAAGUUGCUAGAACGACUCCAGGGCUGGAAACAGAGGACUUUAUCUUGGGUGGCUAAGGAAACUUUGAUUAAAUCAGUCGCUCUAGCUUUGCCUCUGGAUGUUAUGUCCUGUUUCAAGUUACCUAUUUCCCUGUGCCAUCUCUUGGACAAACAUGUGAUCAUAUUCUAGUGGGGUGUUGAAGAGGGCCAGCCGAGGAUUCGGUGGAUUUCCUUGCGUAAUAUGUGCAGGAGUAAACAUGAUGGGGGUAUGGGAUUUCGCCGAUUUGAAUAUUUUAAUCAGGCUCUGUUAGCCAAAAUGGACUACGUAUCCUUAAUGAACCACAUUCCCUCUUAGCCUAGGUUUACAAAGGGAAUGUUUUUUCCGAUUGGUACCUUCCUCUGUACCACGGCUCGAUCUCGCCCAUCUUGGGGUUGUCAGAGUAUCCUUUAUGGCCGACAAUUAUUAGAGAAGUGAUUAAGAUGGCAAAUUGGGAAUGAACAAACUGCUUCUCUGCUUCAUUCCAAUUGGAUUCCUCGGUUACAUCCCUCUCCCCCGAUAUGUAAUCUCCAAGUGUUAUCGGACGGGGGUGACCCGCCUGUAGCCAAGGCUAUCUGUCAAGGGGAGGGACGGUGGUGUGAUCUAAACUUAGCAGUGGUUUGACCCUCCAACAUGUCGUGCCAUUAAAGCUAUUCCUCUUCCACGACAAAAUGUGGAGGAUAGACUGAUCUGGCAUGCCACGGCUAACGGGUGUUCACUGUUAAGUCGGCCUACCAUUUUACUCUCUUGCUUGAUUAGAGGCAGGGUCUCUGGAGGUCCCUGGCUAGUUGGAUGGAUAAGGCCAGUUGGAUUCGUCUAUGGGAGGCUAAUAUUCCGCCCAAAUUGAAAGUAUUUGUCUAGCAAAUCUUUAAAUGUAUACUGCCAACCACUGAAGCCCUUAUCGAGAAGGAUGUCCUCGUGCUUCCCUGAUGUCCGGUUUGUUGGGCUGAUUCGAAAACAAUGGAACACUCUUUUCUUGAUUGCCCGGUGACGAGAGCCCUUUUGGACUAUUUGGGUAUGGAGUAUCUUGGGCAAGAGCUGCCUCGUCAAACUUUACCGCUAUUUCUAAAAAACUUGAUGUCCGUAAUUCAUCAACCUUCUUUGUUCAUGGCAAAUGUUGUUGUUCUUUGGAGGAUCUGGCGGUCUCGUAAUGGUUUGUCUUUGAGGGUAAAUAGUUUGGGAUCCCUGCCUUGAUGUGUAAAUUUAACCAACAAUAUGAGGAGUGGGUAAGUUUGCCGAUGGAUCGUGUCCUUCAGUCUUCCGCCCCUUUUAUACAACACUUGGGUCCUGGGGGGUCUAUUAUGGCUGUUUGUAUGUGGGAUGAGACAACAAGGAGUGAGUCUCAUUCGGUUGGCAGGAUGGUUAUUAUGUACCCAGCAAGGGAAUAUUGUGGUGGAGUUGCUUGUGCUCCGGGAGGCAAUAUUGUGGUGUCUCGGCCAUGGCUUCACGAAAAUGAGGUUUGAAGGCGAUGCCAAAGUCCUCAUUGAGAAGAUCAAUAGGGCUGAUAUCAGAGAUAACCGAAUGGGGCUAUUCUUGAAGAAAUCGUGCAUUACUUU